AUGGAAGCCGAAGAGGAAAGGAAUUCAAUUCCCCCCAACCCCAACCCCGCUUCUUCGGAAGGAGAGAACCAUUCUGCUAUCCCGGCAACGGCCACAUCGACUACGGCGUGCGAGCCAGAGGAUUGCGCCGCCGACGAGCCUGAGUGCCGGACGGAGACGGAACGGUUGUCGUCCGAGUCUCAUGAACCGCCACCUGGCCGCGGCGGCGAUGAUAGUGAGGCACAACCGCCGGCGAGUAACAAUGAGGUGGAAGAAACGACGGUUGUUGAUGAAUUGGAAGAGCGAGUAGUAUCAGUUGCUGAGCGGAGUGAAGAAGAGCUUGCUGGAGAGCCAGGUGGAGAGGAGGAGUCUCGGUCAGUGGAGGGGGAGCAGCUGCCGGAAGUGACAGUUGAUGAGCGGGAAAAUCAGGGGGGUGAUGUGAUUGUUGAAAGCGGAACUUCUGGAUGCGAGAAAGGUUCGGAAGAGGAGGUUGCGGUUAAAGAAGAGGGCAAUCCUGAUUUGAUUGGUGGAGAGGAAGAGAGCGGUGGAUUGGCGGGCAAUGUUGAUUCACCGAGGAAAAAUGACGUGGAGGUCGCAGUGAAGGAGGGAACUGAGAUUGGGGCGGCAGAGACUCAGGAAAUGGAGGAAUUUGUGAUGAUUGAGAAAGUUGAGGAGACAGAAAAUAAAGAUGAUACAGAGGAGAAUCAGAAGGAUUUGUUUGGGGAGAUGGCGAACAAGGACGAAACUGAAAACACGCAGAAGGAAGAGGCUGCUGGACCGCCAGAGGAUGGAACUGAGAACACGCAGCAGGAAGAUGCUGCUGGACCGCCAGAGGAUGAAAUUGAGAACAUGCCGAAGGAGGAGGGUGGUGGGCCGCCAGAGGCAGCUUUGAACAGAGUUAGUGUAGAUGAUGUAGUGGAAGAGAUGAAGGGUGAUGAAGGAAACGAAACAACUAGUGCUGGUAGGAGUACCGAGGUAGUACACGAGAUGGAGGUGGAUGAUGCUCUUGAGGAGAAAGAUAAGGUAGCGAAGGAAAGUAUAGAACUUGAUUCGAAAGAAGAAGCAGGCGAGAAGAUGGAUGAUGUGGAAAAAGAGGUGGAGAAGGACGAUGUGGCCUUAUACAGGGAUAACAAGUUGAAUGAGGGGGCUGAAGGGGUGGAUCCGAAGAUGAGUGAAGUAGCAGAAGAGGUUCAGAAGUUGAGUGAAGCAGAAGAAGAGGUUGUGGGAGAAGAAAAGCAUGAGGAAAUGAAUGAACCAGAUGAACAGGCUGACAAGGUGCAUGAAGCAGCAGAAGAAGAGAACGUGACUCAGCCCAAAGAAGAAGAAGUAGAAGAUAAGGAUGAGGAAAUGACUGACGUGGUAGAAGAGGAUGAGAAGCUGAGUGAAGCAAAUAAAGAAGAAGAGGAUGAGAAGGUGAGUGAAGCAGAUAAAGAAGAAGAAGAUGAUGAGAAGUUGAACGAAGUAGAAGAAGAAAAAGAAGAUGAGGAGGGGAACGAAGUAGAUGAGAAGGUAAAUGUAGCAGAUGAAGAAGUAGAUGAGGAGGAUAAUGAGAAGGUGAAUGAAGCAGAUGAAGAAGUAGAUGAGGAGGAAAAUGAGAAGGUAAAUGAAGCAGAUGAAGAGGAGGAAGAAGAAGAUGAUGAUGAUGAGAAAAUGAAUGAAGUGGAGGAAACAGUAGAGGAGGAGGGGAAGGAGGCGGCAGAAGAACACAAUGCUGAGGAAGUGAGGGAAACUGGAAGCAGGAAGAGGAAACGAGGAAAUAAUGCCAAAGCUAUUGGUAAAGCACCAUCAAGGAAGAAGGUGGAGGAGGAUGUGUGUUUCAUUUGCUUCGAUGGGGGAGAGCUUGUCCUAUGUGAUCGCAGGGGGUGCCCUAAGGUUUACCAUCCCUCCUGCGUCAACCGGGAUGAAGGAUUUUUCAAAUCGAAAGGAAAAUGGAAUUGUGGUUGGCAUAUAUGCAGCAACUGUGAGAAGAAUGCAUACUACAUGUGCUAUACAUGCACAUUUUCAUUGUGCAAGGGGUGUAUCAAAGAUGGUGUCAUUUUCUGUGUUAGAGGCAACAAAGGAUUCUGCGAGACAUGUUUUAAAACUGUAAAAAUGAUUGAGAUGAAUGAACGUGGAGACAAGGAAACGACUCAAGUGGAUUUUGACGAUAAUAGCAGUUGGGAGUAUCUCUUCAAAGAUUACUGGAUGGAUCUUAAGGGAAGGCUAUCUAUCACGUCAGAUGAAUUUACCACAGCCAAACAUCCAAGGAAAGGACCUGAUUUGGUUGCUGCAAAGCAGGAAUCAGGGGAUGAAUUGUAUGAUGCUCAGAAUGACGGAGGGUCUGCUUCAGACAGCUCUGCAGGGAAUGGUGAAUUAAGGACCCCCAAGGGAAGAAAAGGCAAAAAACGGCUGAAAUCUCGUGCCAAACAGAAGGACACACCCAGUAAGAAGACUGUGAACGGGGUUGGUGUUGAGUGGGCAUCAAAAGAGCUUUUAGAAUUCAUUAUGCACAUGAAGAAUGGUGAUAGAUCUGUUUGUUCUCAGUUUGAUGUACAAGCUCUGCUGUUGGAGUACAUAAAAAGGAAUAAACUUCGGGAUCCUCGUCGAAAAAGUCAAAUACUUUGUGAUUCAAGGCUUCAACAUUUGUUCAGUAAACCUCGAGUGGGCCAUUUUGAGAUGCUAAAGCUUCUUGAGUCACACUUUCUACUGAAGGAGGACUCUCAGAUGGAUGAUGUUCAAGGAAGUGUGGACAUUGAAGCCAAUCAGAUGGAAGGUGAUGGAGAUGCUCUCGUUAAAGCUGGCAAGGAUAAGAAGAGAAAGUCACGUAAAAAGGGUGAUGGGAGAGGACUGCAAUCUAACGUCGAUGAUUUCGGUGCCGUCGACAUACACAACAUUACUUUAAUUUACUUGAAACGGAGUUUGGUUGAGGAACUUCUUGAUGACACUGAAACAUUCAAUGAGAAAGUUGUUGGUUCCUUCGUGAGAUUAAGAAUAUCUGGAAAUUCUCUGAAGCAAGAUUUGUAUAGGCUUGUCCAUGUUAUAGGCACCAAGAAAGCUGAUAAUCCAUAUAGAGUUGGGAAAAGGACUGCUAAUUUCCUGCUGGAAAUAUUGAAUCUAAACAAGACCGAGGUUAUCUCAAUUGAUGCCAUUUCAAAUCAAGAAUUCACAGAGGAUGAAUGCAAGCGUUUACGACAAAGCAUAAAAUGUGGCCUUCUCGAUCGAUUGACAGUGGGUGACAUCCAGGAAAAGGCCAUUGCAUUGCAGGCAGUUCGAGUUCAAGAUAUACUGGACUCAGAGAUAAACCGUCUCAGUCAUCUUCGAGAUCGAGCAAGUGACAUGGGGAGGAGAAAGGAAUAUCCUUUUUUCCAAGAAUGUGUAGAAAAACUGCAGCUUCUGAAGUCUCCUGAUGAGCGCCAGCGAAGGUUAGAAGAAAUUCCUGAAAUUCAUGUUGACCCAAAGAUGGAUCCAAGUUAUGAGUCUGAAGAAGAAGAAGAAGAUGAAACUGCUGAUAAGAUACAAGUAGAUAACUAUAGACCCAGAGGCAGUAGUGGUUUCAGUAGAAGGCCAAGAGAGCCAAUUUCACCGAGGAAAGGAGCUACCAACCCAAAUGAAUCCUGGGGUGGAACUCGGAGUUUCUCGAGUAUGAACCGUGAGUUGACAAGGAACUCGUCUAGUAAAGGUUUCUCUUACAAAGGGGAUAUCACAAUUGGGACUAAUGAUAAAGCAAAUGACAACUUGUGGGGUCGAGGAGGAGACCGGGAAAUCCAUGCACCCCAAAGCUGGGAGAGCCCAAAAUGUGCUUCAAAUGUAGAAUCACGUAGUAGUGUAAAUACAGAUUUGGCUCCUAGGGCUGCAGCUCAAGAGAGUUUUCCAGCAGCUCCUCCCGCAGCAGGUUUGGCACAACAAUCCGAUUCUGCCAAAAUCAACGAGACGCAGAAGAUAUGGCAUUACAAAGACCCAGCUGGGAAAAUUCAGGGACCCUUUUCCAUGAUACAGCUUCGAAAAUGGAACAACACUGGAUACUUCCCAAAUAACUUGAGAAUAUGGCGAGCCACUGAGAAAGAAGAGGACUCCAUACUUCUCACUGAUGCAUUAGAUGGAAAUUUCCAGGCUCCCCUGGUUCAGAGUAGUUCACGGCUCUCUGCUGCUCCUGCAAGAGAUAAUAAUGAUGUUAAUAGCUCUUCUUCUGGACGAUCUGUUCCAACUGCAGUUGAGAUCCCCAGUUAUGCUGCUGACAGGUGGAAUUCCGAGACGAGUCUCCCUUCUCCAACUCCAGCAUCAACCGGGUCACGUGGAGGAACAAGACAAGCUAGGGAAAGCAGGUGGUCUCCAACACCGGCUCCAGCUGGUGCUGCUUCUCAAUCAAAUGCCCUCGCUAAUCUUUCUCAUGUUGCAAGCCCAGUCGCCAGGCAAGCUUCUGCAAUUGCUCAACAGCUGCAUUCUCUGACACAAGUUGAAUCUCCCCGCAUGGUACAGGCAAACUCCAAUCACUUGCAUCCAUUCCCAAAUUCCGGUGGUGCCCCACCUGUUGUUCCUGCAGCUAUGGAUACAGCAGCUCUCCAGAGUUUGGUUCAGACUAUCAGCAAUAAUCCUCUUUUGGGUGGGGCACAAGGAAAUGCUUCAAACAUGAGAAGUGGAACUGGAUCUCAAGCAUGGGGUGGAAGUGGUUCAAUGCAGCCCAAUAAUAGUUCAAUGCAUGUGGCUUCACUCGGUAAUAAUGCUUAUGCGAACUGGGGAAAUCCACAAACGGUUCAGCAACCCUCUGCUCAAUUAGGUGUGCAAGUGCAAUGGGGAGGAAUGGGUGCCCCAGUUGCAGACAACCCGGGAAACCAAACCAUGGCGUGGAGUGGAAACCUGCCUUCUGCAAAUACAAAUCAUGGUUGGGGUAUUGCUCAUGCUCCAACAGAUCAAGGAAUGAUUCCUGCGAAUGCAAAUUCCAAUUGGAUGCAGAGACAGCAGGUGGUUAACACAAAUGCUGGAUGGUCUCCUGCCGUUCAAGUGCAAGGCUGGGGACCGGCAACACCUGGGCAAGGCGGUGCAGCAGCACAGCCAAUGAAUACAACCCAGAACUCGGGAUGGGUGGGACCCGGAAAUGCGAACAACAACCACCCCAGCUGGGAGAGAGGGUCUCAGGGAGGGGAUUCUGGGUAUGGAGGUGGUGGUCGCGGAGGCGACAUUGGGGAUAGACAAUGGAAUCGUCAAUCGUCGUCGAGGGGGCCAGCCCCGGCAUAUAACAGAGGCCAAAUGGUAUGCAAGUUUUUCCAGGAGAAUGGGCACUGCAGAAAAGGUGCAUCUUGUGAUUAUUUGCAUACAUGA